AUGUCUACAGAAGGCAUAGAUAUAAGGAAGAAGUGCCCUGAAGGAAAAAGUCUUGGUACCUGUCAAGAUGAUUCUCAGGUUGAGGCAAAAAGAGGAAGGCUUAGGGAUGUUGAUAAUAGAGAGACGGGCUACAAAUAUUGCAGACAUAAGUAUGAUUCACAUAAACUGUGGAUAGACCAAGUUACAUAUGGCAAUCAGCCCAUUAAAAUAGAAGGUAAUGACGGUAAAAAGUCUAUUUCAUUCUCCGAUAUACACCCUAAGGUAUGGGAGGUAACAACUUACUAUUCUUUUGAACAUGAUAAUGGUAAGACAACUAUAAAAGUUCCUCUUGCACUCAGGGUACAAAGUAAUACUAGCGAAUAUAAUUGUGGUAACUAUUGCUGGUACGAAAAUUUGGGUAGGGAUAACUUAACAUGGAGGUCAAUUUCUAGUACUCAAAACUUUCCUGAAGAUGACCCAGGGAAAGGUGGAAAUGAGUUCAAGAAUAAACUAGAUGAACUUGCCUGUAAACUACAUAAACUUCAUAUCGUUGACAUCUACAAGAUAAGUAACUAUAAAUGCGCAUGUGGUAAGGCCAACGUCACAGUUACUCCUAUCACAGAUAAAAAUGAUGGAGAUUUAAAAGGCUAUAUAAAAUACGAGUAUUCUUACGCUAGUGACAAAAACUUUGUUAGAUACAAAAGAGUUAACAUUAAAGAUGGAGAUGAUGACAAACUUCUUACACUUAACAAAGAUACCCCUAAGCUAUCGGCCUACUACUGGGACCAAGAUGAAAAGCGUAGGAAGAAACCCUUACUUAUGGAAGUACAUGUUCAACGUUUUAGUGGAAUACCAGUUAUUGUUAGUAACAAUGGGGAUUCUGAUAGCAAACAAUGGACUAUGAUAAUGCCUGAAAGUGGCGAAUUACAACUCAAAGGUGAUGAACUCAAAAAGGCACUCCAUAAACAAAGUGCAAACUUUUCAGACCUGUAG